AUGGAGUUUCGAUCGGAAUCGAUAUCGUCCGUAAUCCGAUUGUUUUCUUUCUCGACGAACCAACUUUGGUGUGGAUUCAUGAUGGUGAAGGUGUUGAAGAGAAUCGUAGAGAGUUGCAGUAUCGUAUGUAUCUCCGGCGAGCCUGCCGAGUUCCCUCGCCGGAUUUGGAAAUUUGAGACCGGAAAACGAGAGCCAAACGGAGUUCGCACUCGAUCUCACAAGAGGAUUAGUGGAAUUCAACAAGAGCUGGUAAGAGAUGCAAACCGUAACUCCGCCAGCUUCUCCGUACCCAAAUUAACCCUUGAAAGAAGCCAUUUCCGCCGACAUAAGCAGAUGGAAGCUAUUCCGGUGGCGGCGCUGGAUUCUCCGCCUUUUAUCACGACAGCCGGAGCUAUUCGGUAUCCGAUUAGCCUCCGUUAUCGUCACCGUGUUCAAUCUAGCCACCGUCUUCUGGCGGAUAGACAGUUCCCCAACAGACGUCCGAGAGCACUUCGGCUUCUUCGCAUUUGCAAUGUCUACAGUGUUCUACACUUAUGCCGACGCUCUCCCCGUCUUCCUCCAGGAACGUUACAUCUGGAGAUCCUCCUACGUCCUCUCUCAUGCGAUCGUCUCCUUCCCUUCGCUCAACUUCCUCUCUCUAGCUUUCGCAACGACAACUUUCUGGGCUGUCGGGUUCGAAGGAGGCCCAAUGGGCUUUUUAUUCUGUUGCCUCAUUUCUGGUCCGGAAGCUCCUUUGUCACUUUCUUAUCCGGCGUCGUUCCGCACGUGAUGUUGCGCUACACGAUCGUUGUGGCCAUUUUGGCUUACUUCUUCCUGUUCAGUGGCUUCUUCAUCAACAGAGAUCGAAUCCCAGAGUACUGGAUCUGGUUUCAUUACCUCUCUCUCGUUAAGUAUCCGUACGAGGCGGUUCUUCAGAACGAGUUCUCGGAUCCCACGGAGUGUUUUGUGAGAGGUGUUCAGAUUUUCGACAACACGCCUUUGGUGGAAUUGACUUAUGGGAUGAAACUGAGGCUUUUGGACUCUGUGAGCCGAUCGAUUGGGAUGAGGAUUUCGAGCUCUACGUGUCUUACGACAGGUGCUGAUAUUCUGAAGCAGCAAGGAGUGACGGAGCUUAACAAAUGGCAUUGUUUGCUUGUCACGAUCGCGGUUACAGUCCUACUUGCAGCUGCUAGGAUUCAAGCUAAGACACUAAGAAGGGUCAAGGCAAAGGAAAAGCCGAAGGCAAAUCUAAAUAAGUAA